CUUUUGACACGUUGCACUGGUCGGGUCAAAUUAGUUCCAUUCUCGCUCGCAACACCGCUUAUUCUCCUCUCUUGUGUGCAGUCAGUGCAAUACGAUGGUGAAUGUGCAAAGUGCAUAAUCAUUGCAGUUUAAGUUGACAAGAUCAACUACACGCAUGUGAGCUGUGAACCAAUUACGGUAUCUUCGUGAAUCUACUAGGGUGCAAUACAAUCAAAACACAAAUGAAUAGAUUUUUUAUGUUAUUAUGUUUGUUUGUUUAGUCGUUGACUUUUGAAUUGGAAUUGUUUCCUAUUUUUGUGCACUGAUUUAAAUGUAGAAAGAUAAAACAUAAAAACAAACGAUUUAUUGUGAGUGAAAUCAGACAUUGUUGAGACAAUUAUAAUAGAAUUUCGGAUGACUGUUAGUGCUUAAAGUUACACCAUUAUUAAUGUUGAUCUUAUCUCAUGUUCUACGUAUUAGUAAAAAAUAGUUCGUUUAUCUAGCAGCAUUUUCGUUAAAAUUUUGUUGAACACAUAAAAAGUGUACAUAAAUUAGAGAAAAUCUAUCCGAGUUUCGGCACAAAUCGCACACGAACCGGAACAUACAUACAGUGGAGAUUAGCGUGAAAUUAAAAAAAACCGGCUUUGUACAGAGCCAGUAUCAGCCGUUAGCAGCUAUUGAUAUUCGUACAAGAAUAGACUGAAUUCGCUUCAAAGAGCAGGCUAAUCUGAGCGCAUGCUGAGCUGAUAAUGGCGGGCCCUGAUAUUGGUACGAUGGUCAAAGUUGCCGCACCUCGGAUGGUCUUAUUUUUUAUCACCGUGGUGCUGUACUUCACGCUGGUUGGGCAAACCGAACGACAGUCCGUUUCAUCUACCGUUCUCAAAUGUUUACCAAUAGUAAGCUUGUGGAUAUUCGUCUUCUUGACAGGAUUCAAGUUGGAAAAAAGCUACCGCUACAAACAGUGGAUCCUGAUUGGACUAGUCUUCUCCUGCCUGGGUGAUCUCCUUCUCAACUAUGAUAUGUUUGAAGCGGGCAUGGCCGCUUUUGGAGUGGCACAAAUAUUCUAUAUAUCAGCAUUUGGUUUCAAGCCGUUAAAGCCCUGGCUGGGACUACCACUGUAUGGUCUAGGUAUUGCUGCAGUCGUUCUCAUGUUCGACAACCUGCCUCUAAUCAUCCAGAUUUGUCUUCCAAUCUACGGUGCCCUCCUGCUCACCAUGUGUUGGCGAUCAUGGGCCAGAAUUGAUACCGUUAAGAACACCACACGAAUGAUAUGCGGAAUUGGUAGUGCACUGUUUGUCAUAUCUGACAGUAUUAUAGCAUUUGACAAAUUCUACACCCCAAUUAAUAACGCCCAAAUUGCCAUUAUGGUCACUUACUAUCUGGCCCAAUUCGGAAUUGCACUGAGCGUAAUUGAUCGAACCACAACUGCCCCGUCGAAGUCGUCGGUAGCCAAGAAAAAAUCAACCAACCUUCCAAAUCAACGCCAAAAUGAUGAACCAAUUGGUAAUGUUGAACAGCAGUGAGUGAUAAAAUAACAGUAAUAAUAAGAACACAUAGUGUUUGUAACCGAACGUAAACUUACAUAUUGUAACUGUGAUCAAACAUCUUCCCUCAAACGUUGAGGAUAAAUCCAUAGCACUUUUCGGCAACCUCUUAAACGGAACACCACCACGUAUGUAUAGGUAGAACGUAGUUCUCUGUUAGAUGUUAUAUUUACCGAGUUCAUAGAAACGUAGCAAAUAUCAACAACUGUAGACAAUGAGACUGUGAAUGUUGUUCGUCGUUUAUAAUAUUUUACUCUUGGUAAAUACAGUUUGAUCGUUCCCCGGAGAAUGGUUGCUAUAUUAU